GUUCUAUUAAUGGCAGCCCACAUAUAUAUGAUAAUGAUGUCCGCCAGUCAAGGAAGACUAACUCCCACACUCCCUACCUAGCUCUUCCCCUCUUCUUCUUCUUCUUCUUCUUCUGUAUAUGCUAAUCGCAGGAAGCCAUGGCAGUGGAGUUGUCUGGAAUAACAGGAAGCAGGGAAUACAAAGGCAGGAUAACCUCUUUUGUCAUCCUAUCUUGUAUGAUGGCUGCCAUGGGAGGUGUUCUCUUCGGUUAUGAUAUUGGGAUUUCAGGUGGGGUGACAUCCAUGGAAUCAUUUCUUAAGAAAUUCUUCCCGGAGGUGUACAGACGGAUGAAAGAAGACACCAAUAUCAGCAACUACUGCAAAUUUGACAGCCAAUUGCUCACCGCUUUCACUUCCUCUCUCUACGUUGCCGGCUUCUUUACUUCCUUCCUUGCCUCAUGGGUCACCGGCUCCUUCGGCCGGAAACCCUCCAUUCUCGCCGCAGGUGCCGCCUUCCUCGCCGGCGCCGCCCUGGGUGGUGCUGCUUCCAACGUCUACAUGAUCAUUUUUGGUCGUGUCCUGCUUGGGGUUGGAGUUGGUUUUGCAAAUCAGGCAGUCCCCCUGUACCUCUCAGAAAUGGCUCCCCCCAACUACAGAGGAGCAUUCAACAAUGGCUUCCAACUCAGCAUUGGCAUUGGGGCUCUAGCAGCAAACCUCAUCAACUUUGGCACUGAAAAGAUAAAAGGGGGUUGGGGCUGGAGGGUCUCCCUAGCCUUGGCUGCAGCACCUGCCGUCAUCCUCUUUCUUGGUGCCCUCUUCCUCCCUGAAACCCCCAACAGCCUCAUUCAAACACACACCCAACCCCAUAAGGCCAAGCUAGUUCUCCAAAGCCUCCGAGGCACCCCCGACGUCCAGCACGAGCUCGACGACCUCAUCGAAGCCAGCAGAGCCUCAAAAACCAUCCAACACCAGUACUCCUUUAAGAGAAUCACAGAAAGAGCCUACAGGCCUCAACUGGUCAUGGCCAUAGCCAUUCCAUUCUUCCAGCAGGUAACAGGGAUCAACGUCAUCGCAUUCUACGCUCCCAUCCUCUUUCGAACAAUUGGGUUGCACGAAAGCACAUCCCUAAUGUCUUCGGUCCUUACCGGGAUCGUCGGUGUUGGCUCAACCUUCAUAUCCAUGCUGAUAGUGGAUAAGCUUGGCAGGAGGGUACUGCUCCUGGUUGGGGGAAUUCAAAUGCUUAUUUCUCAAUUACUGGUUGGAGGAAUUAUGGCAACACAGCUUGGGGAUCAUGGUGGGAUGGAGAAAGGGUAUGCUGUUGUGGUUUUGAUUCUGAUAUGCAUAUAUGUGGCUGGCUUUGGGUGGUCAUGGGGACCAUUGGGAUGGUUGGUGCCAAGUGAGAUUUUCCCUCUUGAAAUUAGGUCUGCAGGCCAAAGUAUCACAGUGGCAGUCAGCUUUCUCUUCACUUUUGUUGUUGCUCAGACAUUUUUGGCCAUGCUUUGCCAUUUCAAGGCUGGUAUUUUCUUCUUCUUUGGGGCAUGGGUGGUGGUGAUGACUGGUUUUGUGUAUUUGCUUUUGCCGGAGACUAAGAAUUUGCCCAUUGAACAAGUGGGUAAGGUUUGGAGAGAGCAUUGGUUUUGGAAGGGGAUCGUUGGGGAAGAGAAGGGAAAUGGAAUAGAUUGAGAUUAUAUUUGCGGGAUGUGGAUCAUCCAUUUGUUCAAAUAUGGAUUUCCUUCUCCACCCCAAUUGAUGGCAGCCAUUGGAUCAUGCAUGAUCAAUGGCUGUGAUUGGCCAAUAAUGUUGAAUUCAACCCGUGUUUCUAAUAUAUAAAGUUUUUUUUCCUGUGGUA